GGGUGGGGUGGUGGCGCAGACAAGACCUGUGUAACCCAACAAGCUUAUAGCGAUCGGGAAUUGCAGAAGAGGACUAAUGUAGUAGAUAAGCUUCGGCGAAGAGGCUGCUUCCUCUUCUCCGAGAGAUAGAGGCAGGUUCGCGAAGCGUACGCGGGACGGUUAAUGGUUGGAGAGAGAGAGAGAGAGAGAGAGAGAGGAAGUCGACUGGUGGUGGUGCGACCAGAUGAGCGGCGGAUGCUGGCCGAUGGAGGAGGAGUACGUGAGGAGGCACCACAGGCAGGAGGCCAGGGACGACCAGUGCAGCUCCACUCUCGUCAAGUACAUCAAGGCCCCUGUCCAUCUCGUUUGGUCAUUGGUGAGGCGAUUCGACCAGCCACACAAGUACAAGCCCUUCAUCAGCAGAUGCGUGGUGCAGGGCGAUCUGGCGAUCGGCAGCGUUCGAGAAGUUAACGUCAAAUCGGGGCUGCCGGCCACAACCAGCACGGAGAGAUUGGAAGUCCUCGACGACCAAGAGCACGUCCUCAGCGUCAAGAUCGUCGGCGGUGAUCACAGACUAAGGAACUACUCCUCCAUCAUAACCGCGCAUCCUGAGGUCAUGGACGGGAGGCCAGGGACGCUGGUCAUCGAAUCCUUUGUGGUCGAUGUGCCCGACGGCAACACCAAGGAUGAGACCUGCUACUUCGUGGAGGCAUUGAUCAAAUGCAACCUCAAAUCUUUAGCUGAUGUGUCGGAGCGAUUGGCAGUGCAGAACGCGCAACCCAUGGAGCGAUGAGAUUACAUGCAUUCCUUGGACGACGGAUCUCGAGAUGAUGUUUUAGGGAUUUUGUCUGUUUUCUCACAUGUAGAAUAUUACCACCCUCAGAUGGCUCGAUCGACAAGGAUUAGGGUCAUGGUAUUUAUUAUUAUGGGCAUUUUGAUGUUGCACCCGCAAA